UCAGUAUCCCGUUGAGCGAACCCGCAGCGAUGUCCGAGUCCGGAGAUCUGGCCUUUGAGUUUGGCUACUUGCUACAGAUAGAUGAGGAAGCUGCUUUUGCGGAGGCCCUGAACGAAUACCUGGCCUCCCGCAGUUACUUGGCGGGGUUUGGCCCCUCCCAGGCGGACCACAAAGCGUUCAGGCUCUUCCGCAGGCCCCCGGCUCCGCGACACGUGCACGCUCUGCGCUGGUACACACACAUAGCGGCCCUGCAGCAGAACCACAGCCCUGACAGCAGCAUUAAGGGAAAGCGGCUCCAGCCACUGUGGACGGCACCGACCGGGACCAAUGUCCCACAGCUGCGUUUGUACAACAGCCUGACCAGGAACAAGGAGCUGUUUGUUCCUCAGAAUGGAAAUAAGGUCUCGUGGUACUGCUGCGGACCCACCGUGUAUGAUGCCUCUCACAUGGGGCAUGCCAGGUCGUACAUAUCUUUUGACAUUCUGCGGAGGAUCUUGAAGGACUACUUCAAAUACGACAUCCACUACUGCAUGAAUAUCACAGACAUAGACGACAAAAUCAUAAAACGGGCGAGGCAGAACUAUCUCCUGGACCAGUACAAGGAGAAGAAGCCGGACGCUCGUCAAAUCCUCCAGGAUGUCCUGAGUGCCACAGGGCCCUUCCGGGUCAAGCUGGCAGAGACCACAGACAUGGAUAAGAAGCAGAUGCUGGAGAGGUUGGACUUGGCAGUUUCUGCAGCUCUGAAGCCCCUGCAGGCCUCUCUGAAGAGCCAGGCAGCAGCAGAGAUCGUCCAGGCCCAGGCUCAGGUUCUGCUGGAGAAUGCCAGAGACCUGCUGUCUGACUGGCUGGACAACCAGUUCGGCAGUUCAGUCACAGAAAACUCCAUCUUCUACAUUUUGCCCAAAUACUGGGAGGGCGAAUACCACAAAGACAUGGAGGCCCUGAACGUCCUCCCUCCAGAUGUUCUGACCCGGGUCAGUGAGUAUGUCCCAGAGAUCGUAAUUUUUGUGGAGAAGAUCUGCGCCAAUGGAUAUGCCUAUGAAUCAAAUGGCUCCGUGUACUUUGACACGGUGAAAUUUGGCGCCUGCCCUCACCAUUCCUACGCCAAACUGGUUCCUGAAGCCGUUGGCGACCACAAAGCCUUACAGGAAGGAGAGGGAGACCUGAGUAUCUCUGCUGAUAGACUAAGUGAGAAAAGAUCCCAGAAUGACUUUGCCUUGUGGAAGGCCUCCAAGCCUGGAGAGCCGUCCUGGGACUCUCCUUGGGGCAAGGGGAGACCAGGUUGGCACAUUGAAUGUUCUGCCAUGGCUGGCUCCAUCUUGGGAGAGUCCAUGGACAUACACGGAGGAGGGUUUGAUCUCCGAUUCCCACACCACGACAAUGAGCUGGCACAGUCAGAGGCUUACUUUGAAAAUGACCACUGGGUCCGCUACUUCCUGCACACUGGCCACCUGACAAUCGCAGGCUGCAAGAUGUCAAAAUCUCUGAAGAACUUCAUCACAAUAAAGGAUGCCCUGGCCAAGAACACAGGUCGUCAGCUCCGUCUUGCAUUCUUAAUGCACUCCUGGAAGGACACAUUGGACUACUCCAUCAACACCAUGGAGUCAGCCGUCCAGUAUGAGAAGUUCAUGACUGAGUUCUUCCUUAACGUCAAAGACAUUAUGCGUGCGCCCACUGACAUCACGGGUCAGUUUGAGAAGUGGGAGGAGGCGGAGAUGGAUCUCAACAGCAGUUUCUAUGAGAGGAAGUUCGCCAUCCACGAGGCGCUCUGUGACAACGUGGACACUCGCUCCGCCAUGGAGGAAAUGAGAGCGCUGGUCAACCAGAGCAACACCUACAUCGCCGGCAGGAAGAGCGCCAAGCUGAAGCCCAACCGCAUGCUGCUGGAAAGCAUUGCUUUGUAUCUGACGGCAAUGCUGAAGACUUUUGGAGCCAUUGAAGGAUCGGAGCCCAUCGGCUUCCCUGUGGGAGGAACAGGACAAGACAUGGAUCUGGAGAGCACCGUGAUGCCUUACCUGAAGGUGCUGUCAGACUUCAGAGAGGAUGUCCGCAAAAUUGCCAGAGAACAGAAAGUGACGGUGCUGCUUCAGAUGUGCGAUGUGGUCCGUGAUGACAUCUUACCCGAACUCGGAGUCCGACUUGAGGACCAUGAAGGCCUCCCCACCGUGAUGAAGCUGGUGGACAAGGAGACGCUGCUGAAGGAGAGAGAGGAGAAGAAGGAGAUGGAAGAGGAGAAGAAGAAGAAGAAGGAAGAAAUUGCCAGGAAGAAGCAGGAGCUGGAGAUGGCUAAAUGUGAAAAGAUGAAGAUCCCUCCGAGGGAAAUGUUCCGCGGGGAAACUGACAAAUAUUCCCAGUUUGAUGACAUGGGUUUCCCCACUCAUGAUGCCGAAGGGAAGGAGCUCAGCAAGGGACAAACCAAGAAGCUACGAAAGCUGUACGAGGCCCAAGAGAACCUACACAAGGAGUACCUGCAGAAAGUCUAACCCGGCUGUCCUGCCCGCCCACCUUGCAACACCUACUCGUGAAAAUUCAGGCCCGAGAUGGUGGGUGUAUUCUCGGCCUGUUCGCCGCUUUCGUCACCGGACGUGACGUGACGUGACCAUUUCCUCAAAAUUGGAGGACAUCCAUAUGAAGAACACCGUAGACACCGAGAGAGAGAGCGCGCUGUACGCAGCAAACGUCCUCGCAUCACUGCAAAAUGUAAGCAGAAAAUGGGAACCGUGCGUCAGCGCUGCAGGAAUUCUCCCAGAGUUGUUUUUGCAAUCUUGUAAUUGGGUAAAAGGCUGUACCGCUUACAUUUUGCCGUGAACGGUGACAAACGGUUAAUUUUUUUAAAAUGUAUCAGAAAUGCCAUUGCAUUUAAAUGUAGCUUAUUGUUAUUGCAUCAUCCCGAGAUCUACAGUGCAUCUCAUCUGCUGAAUCCGAAGCAGAAUCACAUGAAGCGCAUCGUCGGUGUGGCGCGGCGUUGCUGCAAGGCCAGGUCCCGUCGUGCCGCGCAGGCUCGAUGACACGAAGCUCGGCGUGCGAGGAAACUGCCAACGCAUCUUCUCUUCCAUUCCUUCGUGAUAUCCAUCUGCCCGGAGAGGUCCUGUGUCUUCUGACCAUGACAGCCGAUACCCCUGUCUCUAAAUUUCACUCGCGCUCUCAUAUUUUUUACCUUAACCACGCGUCGCUUAGUUUCUGCUUCAUCUUUGGAACGUUUAAUAUGAAUAACUCCAGCUCUUUCUUGACAAUAUUUAGGAAAUGUCUUUUUAUUAUAAGAAAAACGACAAAAAAAAAGCUUUUGUUUAGCGCUCGCUCCGCCGUUAGUGAGUUUGAGUGACGUCACAUGAAGAGGUGCUGUUGUUGCGGUGUUUUAUUCAGCCGUCCAUUAUGUCGUGUUCACACCAAACGCCAAGGCACUUCUUUCGCGCGAUGACAUGUCAUAUGAAGUCCCUGCAAAGAUGCCGGUGGCGCGAAUACACGCGAAUUUCACGUCAUUCGCACGAGUUGAAAAUAUUUUUCUUAAUUUUUCUUAUAUAUUUUUUUCCCCCCCAAUUGUACUUGGCCAAUUGCCCCACUGUUUCCCACAUCCGGCUUCGCACCCACAGACACGGCCAAUUGAGUCUAUAGCAGGGGUGUCAAACUCCAGGCCUCGAGGGCCGCAGUGUCUGCAGGUAUUUUUUGCAACCAUGCACUGCACCACCUGAUUUCACUAAUUAGCUCACCUCCUGGAUCAAGGAGGGAAAGGAACUAGUUUAAUCAGGUGGUGUAGUGCAUGGUUGCAACAAAUACCUGCAGACACUGCGGCCCCUCGAGGCCUGGAGUUUGACACCCCUGGAUAGGGACGCCCGACCAAGCCCGAGGUAACAACGAGUUAAAAUAUAUAUAUAUGGUUAAAAAUAUUCAACUUGAGCGGGAAAUUUGGGCAGCGUCCGAGUGAUGUCGCAGCAUCGCCGUCGCUAUGGACGCGUCACAGGAAGUCAGACAUGCGGAGCACGUUAGACAGCACAGCAUGGCUGUUUACAACGCCAACUCGCGUAUAUGCCGCCAUAUAUCUGACGAUAUGACAACGACGCGGUCUAGUGCAUCCGAUGUCUGACUUCCGUUUGCUGUGAAGCUUCCGCUUCCGGUCGGGAAAAUAGCUCAUGGACGUUUGUAACGUGAAGCGGGUGUGGGUGGAGAAAGGCCGGCAGCGUUAGCAGGGGCUCCGGGAUAGCUGGUUAGCUCAAGAGAGUCGACAGACAACGAAGUGGGAUUUCCACACGGCAACUUUAUUCUACCGUACUUAACAUCGGCCAUACCAUGCCGGGUCCCCACGGCACUACGUCCACCCGUCAUACAUGAGCAGUGGAACAUGGACAGCGUUACCCUGCACCAACUCCUUACUGAGGUGAGCCCUCUUGGGGGAUGUCGGUCGGAGCAUGUAACAUGGCGGCUCCGUGCGGACAACUCUCAGCUCUUAGUACGACCCGCCAAAACAAAAGGAGGCACCGCCUUGUGGCGCUAUUCAGUACUGCAGUAAUACCACGUUUACCAGACUCCGGCCCUCACACGUUAACCCCAUUCGCGUGACGGCUGUGUCGCGAAAGCCUGCUUCGCGUACUCGACCCUGCGGCCGAACUCGCGCGCUUAACGCGAGGCGAAAGGCCGCUUCGCAUUUGGCGGGAAGGCGACGCUUAAGAGUUGCAGCAUCGUUUAGUUUCCCGCGUAACGUUUUGUACUUGCUCGGUUGCGUAAAGGCGUGGCCGGACCCAUUCUUCCAGACCGGGAAGUGACCCGAGGCUCGUGGGGAAGUUUAGCGGCGGGUGCGCCCGAGUCCCUCGCGCCUGUACCUGCUCUGAUGACUCGUAGAACUCGGAAGUCCACCAGCGCAUCCGGACCCCGUACCGGCCGAAUGGUUUCGUCCCAGCUGUGUGUCGGAAGUCCCCCCCGGGAGCUUCCGCAUCUCAUCGUGGAGGUUCUCACGCGGAGGGGGGGGGGGGUACAUUCGGGUUGUUAGCACGUGCGUAACUGUGGGACUGGUUUCGCAGUCGUGUUUAGAAGAGAGCGACCGUGUCAGGUGCCGGUUUGAUGUGACAGAUGUCAUGGCGGGGAGGAAGAAUCAUCUUUUUAUCAAUUGGAGUCACGGUUACACAUUAGAAAUGUGUGUAAAAUCUAAGGUGGGAAAACAUGCCGACUUCGCAAAAGUCUAAAUAAAAAUCUUUUUUUGU